CAUCACUGUGCGCCGUCGCGUUCUGUUGGCGUCAUCACCCGCGCGACGCUGCGUGCGAGGAGGGAGCAAUGGCGCUCGCGGGAUGCUCCAAGCGGCCCCUGCAGCUGACUCUGGCGCUGCUGAAGCCGGACGCCGUGGCCCAUCCGCUGGUGCUGGAGGUGAGGGCAGCGCGGGCCGCUCCGCAGCUCCCGGCCCCCUCGGGACGCCCUGGCGGUGCGCGCCGCCCGCCCAGCCGCUGCGCCUCUGCCCACAGGCCGUGCAUGAGACCAUCCUCAGCAACCGCCUCCUCAUCGUGCGCGCCAAGGAGCUGCGCUGCGGGCGGGAGCAGAGCCGCCGCUUCUACCGGGAGCACGCGGGGCGAUUCUUCUACCAACGGCUGGUGGAGUUCAUGGCCAGUGGCCCCAUGUGGGCUUAUAUCUUGGCCCAUGAGAAUGCCAUCUCCCUCUGGAGAUCCCUGAUGGGACCCACCAAAGUAUUCCGAGCUCGAAACUGUGUCCCAGACUCCAUCCGAGGAGCUUAUGGCCUCACUGACACCAGAAAUACCACCCAUGGUUCAGAUUCCCCAGCGUCAGCCAGCAGAGAAAUUGCCUUCUUCUUCCCAGAGUUCAAUGAACAGCUCUGGUACCAGCAGGAGGAGCCACGUCUGCGCUGUGGGCAGAUGUAUUACGAUGCAGAGAAGCGUGUCCACUGUGUGCUCAGGGAUGAAGAAACGGAGUUGACCUGAGUAACCUGGGGGUAUGGCCUGCAGAGCAGGAGACAGCUGCUAACCACACUGCUUGGGUCGGCCCCAUAACAAGACACAGGAUCAUGACAUGUCUUAUGGACUGUAGGGAUAGGAAAGAGAUGAGCAUUGUGCUGUGCUGCUUGGGACUGUUAUUUCUGCAACGUACAGGUGCUGGGACACUUCUGAAACAACUUCUUCGGUAGCAGUACUCAAAGUUGAUAUAGAGAUAAAGCCAUGCACUUCCCCAGCCCCUCAUGUGCUUAUUUGUGUAUGAGCAGUGCAGGUGAAUUCCUCCAAGGACUUGGCAGCCAGGGGAUGACUAAGUUUGCUGAUAGUAGGCCCAGAUUCUUACUAUCUGCUCCGUUCCCUUUUUCCUUUAAGAAGAAACGGAUUAAUGGGAUGAAUAUGGAAAAAAUGCAGUGGUGAGCAGCACAAUAGUAACUCUUCUGUCAUUGCUUUCCUGGAUCCAAGCUGAGAAGAAAGGUGGCCUUCAAACUCAUGUCAAAAUUCUUAUCAUAAGCAUCUGGUGGAGGGCACGGUUGGAAGCUGUUCUCAAUAGGAAAGCGGUUCCUUUUGGUCUGGGCUGACAACCCUACAGCAGAUCUUCUAGAAGCGAUUGCAGAAAGGUGUGGAGCCGUCCAAUGCGUGUGAAGGAUCUUACAGUUUUUGCUUUUAGGUUUUCUGGAGCAGUUUUCUGGAAUGUGGGGCUGGUGGCUCUGAUGGAACCUGGUAGUGGCUGUUAGAACUAUGAAUAUUGUGAAUGUGCAAUAAAGGCAAAAAUAUAUAAUUGAAUGCAGGUACAGACACCACAGAAGUUCUGUCUGGAGCUCUUUACAUUAAGCCUCGUAACAAACUACCUGAUGCUGACUCAAAGACUGAAUUGCUUCUGGGUUUACUGUGUGCUGAAGCACUGAGUUCCACAUCCUUUGUAGAGUGUAUACUCAAAGAGUUUCAAGCAUCCAGGUAGAUGCUAAGGUUACUGUGUGGUGGGGCACGAGGACUUGGUUUUGAGUUACUGUUCAAAGUUCUGCUGUGCUCACUUAUGUUCUCCUUUCUAAUACAUUUUGAGAUCCGUUCA